UAGCAGUGCGUUCAGUGCUGUUUUCUCACCAUCAGAGCUGCUGGGCAUUAUUGUCAUUUUUCACUAAAAAUAUAAUUACUAUUUUAAUGGUUUCCAAUCCUGGAUAGGAAAAAUGUUGCCUUUGCAGGUUGCAUCCGUUUAGUACCGUGCUCCGAAAAUCGAUUGUGAAAGAAGGCGAUCAGUGUAGUGCGAAUAAGGGCAGUUUUUUCGUCGCAGUGAAUCGGAGCGAUUCUUCCUCCCUAUACGGUUUCGAUAUUCUUCCAAAACAGAUUAGUGUUUUUGCAGCUCGCUUCGGAUUCGACAAUCCGCCGGAAGGAAAAAUGUCGACAGGUCUAGUGGAUAAGUCGUUCGCCAGCAACGACGAGCUGUUCUAUUUAAAAUGGAACAACUUCCAGAAGAACGUCAGCACCCAGUUCGAAAAGCUACGGGAAGAAGACGAUCUGGUGGAUAUUACGUUCGCAUGCGAGGGCAAAAAGUUGACCGCACACAAACUGGUGCUGUUUGCCUGUAGUCCGUUCUUUAAGGACUUACUAAAGAAAAAUCCAUCGCCUCACCCAGUGUUCUUCAUGAACGAUGUCAAGUACGACGUACUAAAGGCAAUUCUGGAGUAUAUGUACUUGGGCGAGGUGCAUAUAACCAAUGAGAAUCUGAAGGAUUUUAUCAAAACAGCCGAAGGGCUGCAGAUUCGGGGAUUAAGCAAGGAAAAUAAUGCUUUGUCCAACACACAGGGCGACAUCGUGAUGCCUCCGUCGAACCAGGUUCCUUUGCGUAAGGACGAUAAGCAGGACAAUACGGUCGAGAAUGUGCACCUGUUGGAUGAAUUCUGUCGCAAGCGUCCGGAACCGGUGGACCUUAACCAUGCUCUCAUUAAACGUGUUAAAACAGUAGACAACCACAUUGCGACGGUCGGGGGACAGGAUAACGUAAAUGUGGAGCCAAAGGUGGAAAUGGUGGAAUACUUGGAUGCGGAUGGAACCAAUCAUCAGUCGCCAACGUACUGCAGCAUGGAUAAUUUUACGGAGAAGAGCAGUUCUCGGAACAAUAUAGCGCACAUGAGUCAACUCAAUGCAGCGGGAUUCGCGCAAACCACGACCCAACCUAGUAGUUCAGGCCAUCAGCAACAACAGCAGCAGCAACAACAGCCCCAGCAACAGCAUGUGCAGCAGCAUGAGUACAAAUCAGAAGAAGAUAGCAGCUGGAUGGACAAAUCACUGGACAACAUCUCGGUGAAUUCUGAACAGCAGAACGUCAAAUAUAAAAGCGGCAAAUCCGGUGGGAGUCGUUCCAGCCGUUCUACCGACGAUAAAACCAACUGUUUGACUCCACGCUGUUGUCCGGUGUGUUCACGCCUCUACUCCAACGUGUCCAACUUAAGACAACACAUGCGCCUGAUCCACAAUCCAACUGCUGUCUGUUGUCCAAUUUGCCAGAAACACUUCAACUCGGAACUUUAUCUCAAACGACACUACUCAUCGAUCCACUCGAUUAACCCGAAUAGCCAGGGCGAUGGAGAUAUAGUAGAUCAGAAACCACCAUCGACUCAGCUGACCACUCAGCAGCAACAGCCUCCCCAACAGCAGCAGCAGCAGCAACAACAACAGCAGGCCCCACAACAGACCCAGCAACAACAGCAGCAGCAGCAACAACAACAAGCGUCGGCUCAGCAGGCAGCAGCUCCGACAGCUACCAACACUUGGAAUCCAUAUCAUCAUCACGACACUACGCAACUGGUGAAUCCGUUCAUCAAAUAAUCACUGGUAGUAGCCGGUAGUAGUCGGUCCCAGUUGCAAUUACAGUCGUCUCAACAAGAAGAGCAACAGCAGCGGUGUCUUUCCCAGUUGGUCACUAUUUGUUCGAUUGGCCCUUUCGGUGUUCGACCCAGCGAUGGUUGGUCGCAAAAUUAGAGCGUACCGGUCAGUUCGGUAUCCUUUAGAACGUUUUGUAUUCAUUUUAAUGUGUUAAUUUAUUCGAAAUUUGUUGUUUGAUGUGCUUUUUACCAGUUAACAAUGUCGAUGGCAAAGGUGAACCAUAAUAGCAUCACGGACGUGUAAUAAUAUUGAUUGUUAAAGGAGGACUAACAGUGGUAAACAACCUUUUGUUGGGUUUAUUCUUUUAAUAUACUAUAAUUUCAGAGCAAAAAAGCUUGUGAAAUAAUGAACAAAGUAAUUUUGUUUACAAAAGUCUCUAGCCUCACACAAUUAGCGCUGUCCAUCGUGAAACCUGCCAAACAGUAGUCGAACAUACAUAAUAUUUCCCCCUGUUGUCGUUGGUGGUAAUCCUGAAUACAGCGUCGCUUGUGUUUAGGAUUAUGUGGUACAUCUUUAGAGGUCAUAGCCGAAUGAAAACCGUGGACCAUCCUAAUAAAAAUUGAUGUCGUUAAAGUACAGUAAAAUAAUCAAGGAACCGAGAUGGCUGCUUUGUAGCAUUCCAGAUGAGUAGCAAUUGCAUGAGGCUGACAAUGUUCUACAGUGUUUAUUCUCGUUCAUAUGUUCCGAAAUUGUAAACGAAACCACGGUCAACAGUUUCGAUCAAACCCAGACUUAGAAAACUAAGUAAAUUGGAAAAUUUGACGAAAAUGGCUCUUCUCGGAGCGGGAAAAUUAUCAAAGAUAUUUCGUUCGAAUUAUCUACGUCACUUCGGUUAUGUUCUUGGUAUUAUCCAUUACCAAUUUUUUAAAUUAAUUCUACUACCAAUCCCAGAAACCUAUCCAAACAACAAAAGGUGACCCGUUGGGAGAGUAUGCUAGGGCCGAAGCAAUAUAUCGAUUUCAAAUACAUCUUUCGACUACACCGAUAAACCCAGUGAGUCAGGCCACAGCAGUUAGGUGGUUCCUUUCCCGGACAUCCUACUGUGUAAUUUUGUACAAACAUAAGAUAAUAUUAAACUACACAGAUUUAUUUAGUUGACGUAGUUUCCUAUAAAAACAUGCAAUCGUCCAGAACAAACACGUGAGACGGUACAUAAUUACACAAUUAUCUAAUAUUAAUUAAGAAAUACAUAAUUUCCGCUUCGGAUUGGCAUAUUCAAAAUUAAAAAUCACAGUAAAAAGCAAAUGUUUAUAGUGUAACUUAAACUGUACUUAGAAUUAAUGACGUGACAAAAAAUUGUUUCUUGAGUUGAGCCCAAUUCGCCGAGGAAAUGUACAAAACAUUAGGGCAUUUUGUUUCUAAGGUAACAAAGUCAGAUUACGCAAACUAGGAAAAGGGGGAAAACAAUUUAACCGUUACGAGUUGAUUUUCUGUCAAUAUCUAGUUUUUGUUUGUUAUACUUUUAACCCUUAAGAUAAUUUUACGGUGUGCCUGUAUGUGUUGGAACGUUACUACAUUUAACGCCUGCAUCUUUAUCUCAUCGGUUGGUAUUUCCUUCGUGCGUUGGAAACCACUAUUCGUUUUUUGACAAAUUAGUUAAAGCGGUUUAAAACAAAUACAUAAGGUAUGUAGGAUUAAUUGACAGGAAAAAAUAUAUAAUAGAUAUAUAAUUUGACUUGCAUAGUGAGUUAGACCAGAUCAAUGGAAGCAAGAGUAUAGUUUUAUGGUAUAGAAACCUGCUAAUGCUCGCUAGCGGGCUGUGGCAUUAUAGAUACUACUUGCAUGUAAAUAAAAUUGAUGUGGCAUGAUUGAAGCAGUAAAUAAUAAAGUGAAUUCAAGUAAA